CUACUCUGCACCUGACGCUGCUCACAUCAGCAGACACAUCUCGUCCCUGAAGCAACAACCCUGGUCUACUUUGAGGGAAGAAGUGAAACGUAAGUCUCCAAAGACCACUGAGCUCACAGAGAUUCCACCAUGUCCACCGACCCAGCAGCAAAUCUCCCUUUCUUUUACGGCAGCAUCAGUCGCUAUGACGCCGAGCAGUAUUUGAAACUGGCCGGGAUGGCAGACGGCCUCUUCUUGCUGCGUCAGUGUCUCCGAAGUCUGGGCGGAUACGUCCUCUCUGUGGUGUGCGACUUGGAGUUCCACCAUUACUCCAUUGAGAAACAGCUCAACGACACGUACUGCAUCGCAGGAGGCAAACCCCACUGUGGGCCUGCGGAGCUUUGUGAGUUUUACAGCAAGGACCCUGAUGGGCUGGUGUGUGCGCUGAAGAAACCUUGCUUACGCUCCUCGGAUACAGCGAUCAAAAGUUGCGUGUUCGACAGCCUAAAGGAAAACAUGUUGAAGGAGUAUGUGAAGCAGACCUGGGGUCUUGAGGGAGACACCAUGAAGCAGGCCAUCAUCAGUCAAGCUCCUCAACUGGAAAAGUUAAUCGCCACGACAGCCCACGAGAAGAUGCUUUGGUAUCACGGCAAAAUCCCCCGACAGGAAAGUGAGAGACUGCUUUACAGUGGAACGCAAACAGACGGCAAGUUUCUGAUUAGAGACAGAGAGGAGCCUGGUACUUUUGCGCUCUCUGUCAUGUAUGGGAAGUCUGUGUAUCACUAUCAAAUCCUCCAAGGCAAGUCAGGAAAAUAUUCAAUGCCAGAGGGAACAAAGUUCGACACUUUAUGGCAGUUGGUAGAGUACCUGAAGAUAAAACCUGAUGGCCUGGUGACAAGUCUUGGCGAUGCGUGUGUCAGCAGAGCCGCUGGAAAAAUACCCAGCCUUCCAGCAACCAGGAGAACUGGCCCAAAUAGCUACACACCGCCACCUCACGCUGCAAAUGUGACUUCGAAAGCAGCCUCAGACGUACCUGCAGAUAAUGUUCUUCCAAUGGACUGCACUGGGUUCAACCCAUAUCACGACCCCAGCGACAUUAAGAAGUUUAACAUUCGGCGGGAUCAGCUACUCGUCGAUGAGGUGGAGCUUGGCUCUGGCAAUUUUGGCUGUGUCAAGAAGGGAGUCCUCAAGGCUGACAAUGGCCAGAUGGAUGUUGCCAUCAAAGUGCUGAAGAAUGACAACGAGAACCUAGUGAAGGCGGAGAUGAUGAGGGAGGCAGAGAUCAUGCACCAGCUGAGUAAUCCCUUCAUUGUUCGGAUGCUGGGGCUGUGCAACGCUGAGAGUCUGAUGUUAGUGAUGGAGAUGGCUUCCGCCGGACCUCUCAACAAGUUUCUCUCCUCCAGAAAAGACACUGUAACUGUGGAGAUCAUUGUCAACCUGAUGCACCAGGUGUCGAUGGGUAUGAAAUAUCUGGAAGAGAAAAACUUUGUGCACAGGGAUUUGGCAGCUCGCAACGUCCUGCUGGUAAACGAAAAGUUUGCUAAAAUCAGCGACUUUGGACUGUCUAAGGCCCUGGGAGCGGACGACAACUACUACAAGUCCCGUUCCGCAGGGCCAUGGCCACUGAAAUGGUACGCUCCAGAAAGUAUAAACUACCGCAAAUUCUCCAGCAAAAGUGACGUGUGGAGUUACGGGGUCACCAUGUGGGAAGCCUUCUCAUACGGAGGGAAACCUUACAAGAAAAUGAAACAGGUGGAGGUGAAUAGUUUCAUUAAAAGUGGGCAGCGCUUGGCGUGUCCCGCUAAGUGUCCAGAACGAAUGUAUGCAGUGAUGCAAGAAUGCUGGACAUACAAACAUGAGGACCGUCCCGACUUUAAGAAGGUGGAGGAGUCCAUGAGAUCUUACCAUUAUUCCAUAUCAAACAAGGUUAAUCCGGAGGGGUCUGCCACUGCCGCUGAGCCUAACAAAUAGACAUAAAAACAAGGCACAUUCUGUCCCGUGGCUGCACAAUGUAUCCAUUCAGCUAGUCAUUAAACAACCAAAACAAAGAGCUAUUUAUAAGCCAGCCUGAACCCCAGCAGUGAUACAGUUAAACAGGCCUCAGUGACGAUAAGGAAACAUGUGUAACAUCAGCGUAUCGGACAUUUCCGUCUGCUUGAAUGUCUGCGUCUUUAUAUUGAUGAGAAACUGCUUUUAAUGUGUGAUAUCUUACGGUGGUCAAGAUACUCAUGUGUGUAUGGCAAUUAUUUUUUUCAAUGUACUGUAAGAAGUGACUUUUUGUAUGUACUGUCUG